CGACGAGCCCUUUAAUUAUGAUCAGAAGUGAAGGGGAUUUUUUUAGCUUUGUUGGAUGCUGCACAAAGUAGAAAGGACCAAAUCAAUGCAUUUCUGUCAGCAUUAAUCUUCGCGUUUUUAGACUGUUUGUCACCGUAGUGAACCAUAAUGGAUAUGAAGGGUGCCUCAGCCCUCGGAUGAAAGACUGCCGACCGGGCGCAUAAUUUUGACUCUAAUUGCCCAGCCAAACACAUACACACAUGUUGUCGGUUUGACGCGUAAUGCUUUUCCCCAUACUCUUCUUUAGCUGAACUUGCGCUUACUCUUUCUUUUCUUCCUUCAAAAACUAAAAGUUAAGCUAAUGAAUUCUACUUUAGCAACUGCAUUUACUCGCGCAAUUAACAUCAAGUACCCCGUGGUUCAAGCACCUUGUGCUGGCCAUACCAGUGCCGAUCUCGUGGCAGCUGUCAGUAAUGCCGGAGCGCUUGGUUCCCUUGGUGCUGCCAUGAUGCCGGUUGACGCAAUGCGGUCGACAAUUCGUGCCAUCAAGGAGAAGACGACACAACCAUUCUCGGUCAAUCUAUUCUGUCGUGCUGCACACACGCCCACUGCCGACGAACUUCACCAAGAAUACCCAAACGCUGACGCUGUGCUCGACCAAAUCCGCAACGACCUAAAGAUUCCCACGCCAACCAAAUAUUUGCUACGUUCACCGCCACUGGAUGAGCAAAUAUCCGUGAUUCUAGAGGAGAAAGUGCCUGUGGUAUCUUUUACGUUUGGUGUUUUGCCCGAUAAUGAGCUUCAGCGACUGUGGAGCGCAGGUGUGUACUUAAUUGGUACCGCCACGUCUGUUAAGGAAGCAAUGGUGUUGGCCGGAUUGGACGAAGCUGACCCGACACGCAAGGCCGAUGCUAUUGUUGCGCAAGGAUUAGAAGCUGGCGGUCAUCGAGGCACAUUUUUGUUUGAUGAGCAGCAGCUGUCAACGCGCGAGUUGACCAAAGGUGUCUAUGAAGCGUUCCAAAGACAGCAAUCAUCGACCAAAAUUAGUGUACCCAUUCUGGCAGCUGGAGGACUCAGCAGUGGUGCGGAUGUAGCAGAGCUCUUGUACAAGUUCCACGCAGAUGGUGCUGUCCUUGGUAGCUUGUUUAUGCUCUCCAAGGAAUCAUCGACACCACCUGUCCAUCGCCAGAUCAUGAUCGAGUCGGAUGCACAGACACGCUUGACACGUGGCCUUUCGGGACGCUAUGCACGGGGUUACCCGAAUGCGUUUAUGGACAAGAUGGACAAAUUGAGCGAUGCGGAUAUUCCUUCAUAUGAUAUACAUUCUGCACGAACCAAGGAUAUUGUCGGAUAUGCAGCACCCAAGGGCAUGUCGGAUUACAUGAUGCUGUGGUCGGGUACAAAUGCACGCUCUGCUGGCCAGUACACCGACCAAGGCACUUUGCCUGCAGCUACUCUUGUAGCCAAGCUUGCUGAAGAUAUAUUCAAAGAGCAACAACAAUAAAGGAAAGCGAUGGAAUAUGUCUUAUGGAAGAGCGAAAGAAAGGACAUAUCUACA